UUCAAUCUGACUCAUACUGUCGAAAUUGUAAAAAUGAUUUUUUAUAAUUAAAUUUAUUAAAAAAAGCAAUAAUGUAACUCAAUACCCUCUCUCCAAAUCGACGAUGAAGUAACUGGUGAUACCUACACAUUUAUUGACGCUAUGAGUGGGACAAAAGAUAAUGUAAACAAACAAGAACAAGACUGUGAUUGCUACGCGGAUUCACACACGAGGAAGGCCUGCCCUCCGACGCGGAACGUGACGCACCCUCUGCGGUACUAUGAGUUCACCCAGGAGGAGAUGAAAGCGUUGGAAGAAUGCGACAGAGAGAGCUUCUACACGCGCUGCUUGCCGUUCAGCGCAGUUCUGGCCACUUUGACAUACUCUGCUAUAAAGAAUGAUUUCCUGCGCCCCAACCAACACUUUGGCAUCGUACCUAAAAUGGCGACGGCAAUGUUCACGGGCUACGUGCUCGGGCGGCUCUCAUACAUAAGCCACUGCGACGAGAAGCUGCGGCAGCUGCCGCCGUCGAGCCACCUCGGCAACAUCAUGAGAAAGUACUACGCCGACAACAUCGCCUACAACACUCCGAAGGAACCAAAAAAAUGAUUUGGUUCAUUACAGGCUUAAUAUUGUGUCGGUCAGUUGUAGAUAGUCUGUUGGUGUCUAUUGCAUUUACAGUUUCAAUAGGUAAGGCGUCAGG